AUGGCCAUGGCAUUUCCCCUCAUGAUACUCACACUAAUCUUCUUGCAGCCAGCACCUGUGCUCGCUGCUCCUUCCCUUCCUAGCAACAAUGGCACUGACCUCGCCGCGCUGCUCGAGUUCAAGGCGCAGCUCUCCGAUCCUAUUGGCAUUCUUGGACAAAACUGGACAACCGCCACAUCCUUCUGCCACUGGGUUGGCGUCUCUUGCAGUCGGCGUCGGCAGCGCGUCACCGCUCUCGUGCUACCAGGCAUGCCGCUCCAAGGGUUGGUCUCCCCAUAUCUUGGUAAUCUCUCUUUCCUCCAUGUCCUAAACCUCACCAACACAAACCUCACAGGAUCCAUCCCACCUGAUAUUGGAAGGUUGAGUCGUCUGGUCGUUCUUGAUCUUGGCCUUAACGGAUUGUCAGGCAUCAUCCCUCGUACAAUAGGAAACCUCACAAAGCUAAACUCCCUUGUUCUAGUAAAGAACGAUCUCUCUGGGAAAAUACCGCAUGAUUUGCACAACUUGGGCAAUCUUAGGCACAUACAGCUUGGGACAAACUACUUAAGUGGCAUAAUACCAAAUCAAUUGUUCAACAACACGCCUCUGUUAGUUGGUCUUGGCUUUGGGAACAACAGCCUAUCAGGGCCAAUACCACCCGGUAUUGCUUCCUGUCCCAUGCUUGAGUACCUCAACUUGCAGGCAAAUCAGCUUUCUGGUCCGGUACCUCCAACAAUUUUCAACAUGUCCAAAUUACAGAUUAUGAGCCUCGUGGGCAAUCGGUACUUAACAGGAUCCAUCCCUAGCAAUCAAAGCUUUAGUUUGCCCAUGUUGCAACGGUUCCUGGCAAUUCCAAGUGAGCUCAGCAAUUUGACUAUGCUCAGUGUGCUUGACCUCUCACGUUGUAGUCUGAGUGGAAAGAUUCCGGAUGAAUUAGGACAAAUGAGUCAACUCACGCUUUUACACCUUUCAGAAAAUCAACUGACAGGGUCCUUUCCAGCUUUUGUUGGUAACCUAUCCCAACUGUCUAGACUAUUACUAGAAUCAAACUAUUUAACUGGACCAGUCCCAACAUCUAUUGGGGACCUCAGGGCCCUUGAGUGGUUUGAUAUUGGAAGCAAUCCUCUUGAGGGAACACUUGAUUUCUUGGCCACUUUCUCCAACUGCAGACAACUCCGAUACCUUGCCAUAUACAACUGUUCGUUCACCGGGAUCAUUCCUGAUCACAUUGGAAACCUCUCUAGAAGCUUGACACACUUUGAUGCAGGCACUAAUCAUUUAACUGGCGGUUUCCCAGCACCAAUAUCAAAUCUAAGUGAUCUAAAAGUAAUAAUCCUUUAUGAAAACCAAUUAAGAGGCCUAAUCCCUGAAUCCAUAACACUAUUGAAGAAUCUCGAGGCACUUGAUCUAACCGGGAAUAGCCUUUUUGGCUCAAUCCCAUCACAAAUUGGUACCUUAAAUAGAUUGCACAUAUUAUCUCUCCAAGAAAAUAAUUUUUCUGGUGCCAUCCCAAAUGGUAUUGGUAAUCUAAGUAUGCUAGAAAUCAUUUCACUAGCAUAUAACCAGCUGUCUUCAACCAUACCUGAAAGCUUAUUCCACCUCAGUAACCUUCGUCAAUUAUUUCUAUCUAACAACUCCGUCACCGGUGAAUUGUACUCUGAUCUUGGUUCCAUGGAAGCAAUAGACACGGUAGAUAUAUCUGCCAACAGCUUGGUUGGUAGCCUUCCGACUUCAUUUGGACAACAUGGACUGUUAAGCUACCUUGAUCUAUCACACAACAAGCUGCAAGGUACAAUCCCAGAAUCUUUCAAAAAGUUAGUUAACCUAGGGGCAUUGGACCUAUCUUUAAACAACCUUUUUGGUACUAUUCCGAAGUAUCUGGCCAACUUUACUUUUCUGACUAGCUUGAACCUCUCUUUCACUAAGUUCCAAGGUGAAAUACCAGAUGGAGGUAUUUUCUCAAAUAUCAGUGCGGAAUCUUUGAUGGGAAAUGCCGGAUUGUGUGGUGCCCUGCGUCUUGGAUUUUCACCAUGCCUUGGCGAUUCUCACCCAACCAACAGACACUUGCUAAGAUUUGUGCUCCCGACUGUCAUAAUAACACUUGGGGUUAUAACAAUUGUCUUAUGCCUAAUGUUCAGAAAGAAAAAUAAGCAGCAGCCAAAUGUUACGACUUCUCUUGGUAUGGCUGAUCUGACCAGCCAUAGAUUAGUAUCCUACCAUGAGAUUGUUCGUGCCACUGAAAAUUUCAACAUGGACAACCUUGGAGUUGGAAGUUUUGGCAAAGUUUUCAACGGCAAACUGGAUGAUGGUUUGGUGGUCGCAAUAAAAGUGCUCAACAUGCACUUUGAGCAGGCCGUGAGGAGCUUUGAUACUGAAUGCCAAGUGUUGCGGAUGGCUCGGCAUCGCAACUUGAUACAGAUACUGAAUACCUGUUCCAACUUGGAUUUCAGAGCUCUGCUGCUCCAGUACAUGCCCAAUGGUAGCUUGGAGGCACAAUUGCACUCUGGAAAUAGUGAACCACUAGGAUUCAUCAAAAGACUGGACAUUAUGCUUGGCGUGUCGGAGGCAAUGGAGUAUCUGCACCAUCAUCACGGUCAAGUUGUCCUACACUGUGACCUGAAGCCUAGCAAUGUGUUAUUUUAA